AGACCUGGGGACCAUUGUCCAACCGUGGUGACUACGAUAUGGCGACAGAACGAUCUCUGGCCGCUUUGCUGCGGUCACUGCAAUCAACAUCCAGCUUCGAAGAUGCUUCUGGUCUCCUUCCCACCGCUACCAGCUUCCUGUCUAUCCUAGGUAAUCCGUUAAACUUGAGUCUUCUGGCGUCGCAACUCCUUUCCGCGCCGGCGCUGUGGAACCACCCGGUCGAUUUACAUGCUUGUCGCAAGAUCCUGAGCGUCUUCAACACUGCCGCUAUUGCGGUCUUGCAGAAUGAUACGACCGAAGAGGCUCAGAUACCCCAUGGACGCAAUAGGAAGAUUGAGCGCGAGGCGUGGGUGAAGGCAGUUGUGGAGGGCGCAGAUGACAAUUCCCCGCGCUGGAGACAUAUGCUUCUUUUGGGGGGUAUACUACUUGGAUUCGAGGGACAGAAUAGACAAGGUCUUCCGUGGCAUAUUCGCACUAAACUCGAGUCGGCGCUGGCUACGGCGGCGCAAUUGGCUCUCGAGGAGCUAAUUCCCGAUGCUGGGGUGGAUGGGUACUGCAUUACCAUGGUGUUGAACUACACUUUUGAACUCUUGUCUGAUAUGGAGAGGAGCAAGAUCAAUUACGACCUCUUGUUACCUGUUAUCAUUCGCUCGACUUAUCUUUCCCCCGAGGGUCUUGAAGGCGGUUACUUUUUGGGGGCCGUUGAUAAGGACGUGGUUGAGGCGCCCGGGAAGAAGUUCCGGUGGUCGGCCAAUUCUGCGACGUUCGGUUAUGUCUCUGCGGUGGGCUCUCGUCCUUUAGUUUCCGCCCUGGGACCUUUGUCUCGUCUUGCUUCACAUGCCGUUGAAAAUGCGCGGGACCCGAAGCUGGUUGCACAGACUGUCGACUACUUGGCGGACUUUGUCCGCACGCUGAUGGUUCAGUGGCGGCAAAACAAGUUGUCAGAGGUUGAUGUUGCGGAAGAAGCUGAGUUCUUGGAUGCUGAAUCUUUGAAGACUACGAUUCCUGCACUCUGGAAGGUUCUUCGAAACUGCUUGUACUCGGUGGUCAUUGUCCUCCGCGCGGUUCUGGGGAGAACGAUCAAUGAUCCGGCUCUCGCUGCUGGCAGCAGUGCGCCAUUCCUCUCAAUGCAAGCCCUCCAUAUACUCCGCAAUCUCUAUUUCAUCUCCUCUCGCACUGGACAAAAUGCAUCGUCGCAGCAGAAUUUUGUUUUCUUGGCAGCCAUCGACAUUCUUUCGCAGUAUCCUGACUUGGCCGAGAAUUUCUUGCGCAGCAUCAAGCCCGCCGAUCUAGGUCAAAUCCCUGCCCAUCCAGUGGAGCGGUGCUUGGACCUUUUCUUCUUGAAUGCAGCUGAGCAUUUCCCCUUGGUUUUGUCUCCUGAGGCCAAUGAGGAACUGCUUCUUUCUGCUGCCUUCCCAUACCUCGCGGCCGGCGCCAACAGUCUGCUCUUGGAGAUCUUCGAAGCUGCCCACAGUUUGGUACUGGUCGUCUUCGCCAUUCCUCAUAAUGCCGAUUUGGCUGCGAAGCACCUCCCUUUCUACAUCGAAAAUCUCUUUGCUGUGUUCCCUGAGAACCUUUCUGCGAGACAGUUCCGACUUGCUUUCAAGACGGUCAUCCAGGUCACAGCACCUCCUUCACCAUUGGCCAACAGCCAACCACUACUUCCAUCUAUUCUACUCGAGGUAGUCCGAGAUCGAGCACUACACGCAUCAACUACGCCCAUAGCUCUUACAGCACAAAACAGCUCAACGCCCGAUCUGGGUAAUUUGCCGCCACUCUCCCCACAAGCUGUGCUCAUACUCGCAUUGGUUGACUCACUCUCUUUUCUCCGCGUCGACGACUUGAAAGAAUGGCUCCCUCUCACAGCCGAGCUGAUCAACGUGAUUCCGGACCGCGCAAUGCGCCAAGCUUGCGUCGACCGCUUCUGGGAAGCAUUGAGCGGCGGCGAAAUGGACGUCGACCGAGCGCACUGCUGUGUCGCCUGGUGGAGUACCCACGGUGGGCGCGAACUUCUCCUCUUUGGAGCCGAGCCUGCCCCAACUGGCCCAGACGAUGAUAACGGACCGUAUAUGAGUGGGGCGGUGGGCGGAGUAGCGCCGGAGAACAAACUAUGA